AUGGGUGACAAGUUGGUGUGGUUGACUGGGUUUGGGCCUUUCGAAGGUGCUCUUGUCAACGACAGCUGGGUAGGGGUGAAACAAAUGCCAACACAGUGCAUUAAGAAGGAGUUCGGAGCCGUUGUGUUGAAACAGAGAAUUCCAGUGAAGUAUUCCUUCGUGGAUUACUUUAUACCUUACAGGUGGGCGGUGUUGCAGCCUGAUCUGACUAUACACGUAGGUGUCUCCAAUGCAGUCGACUGCUUCACGUUAGAGACGCAGGCAUACAAAUCCGGCUACACACUCUCGGACGUGGAAGGGAGGACUCCCUCCCGCGGUAUAAACAGCACUACUGGACCCGAUGUACUCCGUACUAACCUUGACGUUGACGGCAUUUGCAAGGAUUUCAACGAUCUCAAUUUGGACGGAGGCUCUCUUCAGGCUAGAGUAUCGAAUGACCCGGGCAGGUUCCUCUGCAGUUACAUCUACUACACAUCCCUCGGCCACGGCGUCACGCUGUUCGUGCACGUCCCCCUCAACAAGUACUCCCCUGACCAGCUCGGCUGCGGACUGUCCCACAUCGUGCAGCUGACUCUCAGUCACAUGAACCAACACAAAUAG